AUGGGCGCCGAGUUGAGCCGCCCCCUUGCGGGCUCGGACAUCACCAACCUCAGGGAGGACUCACGUCGGCGCGUGGGUAGCAGCAGCGCCUUGGACGCGCGGCGCCAGUCGAACAAGCAGAGCGGCUUCCCCACAUCCGCUAGUACCACGUCACUCUCGUCUUUGGGGCAGCCUAAGAGCCGCAGCAGCAGCGUCAACUCCAAGUCGCUCUUCUCCAGCAUGAGACGCUCUCGUAACAACAGCAAGAGCGCCAAUACCCCGCCAGAAUCGAUGAGCUCAGGCGACAACGCGGUCGAGAGUCUCGAUCUCCCCAUUGUGGAGUGGGAGGGAUACGUCACCAAGAGAGGACACUUGGUCAGAAACUGGAAGAUGCGCUUUUUCACACUAGAAGGGAACCUCGUGUCGUACUACGAAAACAAGGUGGAUGCUCGCAAUCGCAGCCACUUAAAGGGCCGCGUGAACGUGGCGUCAGUCAAGAUGGACAAAGUGGCUAAGAACGGCCACGGAUUCGACUUUUCCUUCGAGACAACCGAGGGAAAAGUCUUUUACUGCAGCGUGCCGACCCAUUUCGAUCAACUCGCCUGGGUUUACUUCCUAGAGGCUGGAGUGGACACGGUGAGCAUGCGGCAGAACAACCGACCAGUGUACGGCACGUAUCGUCACGGAGUGCUGCCGGACAUGCACACGGACAAGGCUUAUGAGGCCUAUCGACGCAUGCUGGAAGGAGAUGUGGAAGUGGUGACUGAGCUGCUGUCGUACUUUAGCAAGGACCUGGUCUUUUCGUCGUCCUACCCGAAGAGUACUCCCUUCAGUGGCGACUAUUUCGGCCGUGAAGGCUUUCUGCACUUCCUGGGUGCAUUCCAGAGCAACGUGGAUCUGAUCGACAUUAAAGUACAAGAAUGCGAGCUCGAUGCCAACGGAAAGAGCCUGAUUGUAAAGGGAAGUGAGACACUCAAGAGUAAACACUCGGGGGCUGUCAUCACGCAGUCGUGGUCGCACCGCGUGCGCUUCGGUCCGUACGGCCGCAUCUUGCGCUUCCGUGUGGACGUGGAUCUGAAGACCGCUACUGGGAACUGGAAAUCUUUCGGCGUCAAGAAUCCGUACUCAGAGAUGUCGGAUGCGUCCAUCCGAUCGAACCGAUCGCUCAGUAUUUCCAUGAAGGACUUCACCGUGUACAAUGUGAUCGGCAAGGGUGGAUUCGGUACUGUGGUGAACGCAGUGAAGAAAAGUGAUGGGCAGAUCUACGCACUGAAGAUCUUAGAGAAGGGCAAGAUGACCAAGUACGACGUCGAGAGUUCGUUUACAGAGAUGCGUGUGGCUCAAAACAUCCACCACCCGUUCAUUGCGGGUCUGCGCAUUGCCUUCCAGAGCCGAACAAAGCUGUUUCUGGGUAUGAAUUACUAUGGCGGUGGCGAUCUUUUUCAUCACAUGAGCAAGGGCUCAAGCUGUCGGAUACCCUCGGACCGUGCGCACUUUUACACAGCUGAACUGGUGCUGGGUAUUCACCACUUACACCAACACGACAUUCUCUAUCGCGAUAUCAAGCCUGAAAACGUGAUGAUCGACGCUGAGGGUCACGUUGCGCUUGUGGACUUUGGUCUCGCUAAGCUGCACGUGUCCGAGUACAAGGGGGCCAAGACGAUGGCAGGGUCACCCCAGUACACAGCACCUGAGCUGCUUCUACCCAAAGCCAAGCGAUCGUAUGGCAAAGCGGCAGAUUGGUGGAGUCUUGGUAUCCUGCUGUACGAGAUGAGCGUGGGCAAGUCUCCAUUCUACGACAACAACAUUGAAAAGAUGUACCAAAAAAUCCAGAACGACCCUCUGGUCUUCCCUUCUAAGCCGGCGCUUACUGACGAACUCAAGUCGAUUCUUCGAGGAUUUCUGCAGAAAGACCCUACCAAGCGUCUUGGCACCAACAUCAGCGACAUCCUGCAGCACCCAUACUUCCGUGGGAUCGAUUGGGAUUUACUGCUGAAGAAACAAAUUACGCCACCGUGGAAGCCCAAGCUUUCGUCCCCUCUCGAUGUGGAAUAUGUGGACACAGAGUUUACAGAUCUGGACGUACACAACGAGGUGCAGUCCCCCACGGACAAGUCUGCAGCCAAGUCAAAGGGAUUCUUGUCGCUCGUGUCGAGCCGAAGUAACCGCGAGAAGGCAGCACCUCCCGUUCAGGACCCCACAUUCAAGGACUUUACCUACUUCUGUGAAGACCCCGACUCUCUCGUCGAAGUGACGAAUUUGGUUUCCGAACUGCGACCGCCUCCGCCACCUACCAGCCCUCUUCUCAAUGAAGAGGACUCAGACGAGUCUGACCGUCUUCCAGAGCACGAUAACUCGAUGCCUUCAGAGUGUGAAGGUACUCCGUUGUCAUCGUUCGUUGAGAACGGACACUUGAACCCAAUGCCUAUCUCUCCCAGCCAGUUCCACGAAGGCUUAAAGAAGCUGGAAGCGUCAAUGACUGAACAAUUUGAACGUGUGGAGGUAACCAUCUUUCGUGAGCGACCGCCAAUCAAAAAGACGAACGCAAACUCGAGCUCCAGUAGCGAGGAACAGGAUCGCGUCCAUGUGCAGAAGCUGGUGAUCUCGCAUGGACCGUCGAUCCCCACCGAGACCACUGCAUCAGCGUCAACGACCAGCCCCAGUGCCAAUUCGCGAGGCCUAUCCGGAACUAGUGAAGCAGCGAGCCACGAGCCAAACUCGCCUGCAAGUCGGGGCCAAUCUGCCGUGAGCUCCACAGCAGUGAACAGCCAGCCUAUAAUGGAGGCGGAAUUUUAGCAACCCAGUAGCCAUAUAUUGAGGGAUGGCAUUCACCCGGAGGAGUCCCGCACUUUGAGGCCUCUGGAUUUUCAAGUAAAGCUGGCUCAGUCCUCGUCGAAAAUGUCCAUGACUUUAGUUCCUUGAUCCACGUUAUUCGCGGUAGUGCCGGUGAUGGCGUUCAUGACGACUCGACCAAGUACUGAGAGACCACCGGACGUGUACAGACGCAGCAAAGUCCACGCUACAGCGAGCAGUACAAUUGUGCGAGCAUACGAAGGCUU